AUGAGUAAGUUCAAAACCAUUGAUACAUUUUUUAAAAGAAAAGAUCAAGAGAAUGAAGAUGCUUCUACUAUUACUACUCCAAUACUUGAGGGGUCAUCAAAUUUCAUUACUUCAAGUUCUUCAUUGAAUAGCUCAAAGCGUCCACGACUUCUUCCAAAUCAACUGGAUGUUUUUCGUUUGGAAAGAGAUCCUGGAAUGCGACCAAUGAUUUGGAAGUUUCCUCCAAAUAAAAGAGAUGAAAUCCGUCGGGCUUAUAUUAAAGUUGGGCCAAAUCAGCCAAUUCUUGAUAAUUAUCCAUUUUCUGGUGAUAAAAGUCAUCGUCGCUUUCAAGCUUCAUGGUUUAAAUUGUUCCCAUCUUGGUUAGAAUAUUCUAUAGAAGAUGAUGCUAUAUAUUGUUUUCCGUGCUUUCUUUUUGCUAAGGAACCUUCAAUCAAUACGGGUUCAAAUGCUUUUAUUGAGAAUGGUUUCAGGAAUUGGAAGAAAGUAAAUAGUGGAAAAGAAUGUGCUCUUUUGAAUCACAUUGGCAAAGGUCCUAACUCAUUCCAUCAUAAGGCGCUAAAAUCAUGUGAUGAUUUGAUGAAACAAUCACAACAUAUUGACAGACUUCUUCAUAAGCAAACAUCAGAAGAGAUUGAAAAGAAUCGAAUUCGACUAGGAGCAUCUAUAGAUUGCAUUAGAUGGUUGACAUUUCAAGGUUGUGCAUACAGAGGACAUGAUGAAAGCCAAAGUUCAAGCAACAGAGGUAACUUUUUGGAAAUGUUAAAAUUUUUGGGAUCUUACAAUGAAAGAGUGAAACAGAAUGUUUUGGAAAAUGCUCCAAAAAAUGCUAAGUAUACUUCAAAUGAUGUCCAAAAGAAAUUCUACAUAUUCUUGCUACUAAGGUGA